AUUUAUUCAACACGUUUGAAUGUUCUCUCUCUCUCUCUCACACACAGAGAGUCGACUAUUUCUUUAUUUCUGAUUGUGAGUGCAACCACCUCUACAUUCCUUCGUUCUCAGAGAAAAAUCAAGCGAAAGACGGACAAUUGAUAUUCGAGACCAGAGAGACGAGACUCAUACACACAGAGAACAGAGACAAGAGGUGCACAAAUGGAGUCGUUUGACACAUUCAGCAACGAUGGAGAAGAGGUGAGGAGCUCCACUCGCCCCUUCGACGACGAUGGCUACAUCGGCUACGAUCCUCGCCUCCCCUCCCAACGCUACGAGUCCUACAUGAACUUCGCUGCCGACGAAGAACACAAGGUAGAUCCCAUCGAUGUGGCCGACGGCAUCCCUCCACCUGCACCCUCUGAAUACCACCACGGUGCUUUCCCCACCGAUGACGAUGUCACCGGCCAGCACCUCUCCCACAACUUAGAUGGCUCCCCGCCUUCUCCUGAAAUCUUUGGCUUUAGCUCCUCCGUCGCCAAUGAUCCCACUCCCGGUUACUCUCCGUCCCCUUUCUCCUCGAUCCCCGUAUCCAACGGCAAUGGGAAAGCAUAUGAUCUCGCUGCGGACACGGAAGGCAUUUUUACCUCUGACGGACCUGUGCUUCCUCCUCCCAGUGAAAUGCAGCCCGAGGAAGGUUUUGCUUUUCGCGAAUGGCGACGCCAAAAUGCUAUUCAUCUUGAGGAGAAGGAGAAGAGGGAGAAAGAGAUGCGUAACCAGAUUAUUGAAGAAGCUGAAGAAUAUAAACGAUCUUUCUAUGAGAAAAGAAGAGUUAACUGUGAGACUAACAAGGCUCAUAACAGAGAAAGAGAAAAGUUACACUUGGCUAACCAAGAGAAAUUCCACAAGAAUGCGGACCAACAAUACUGGAAAGCAAUAGCAGAGCUCAUCCCCCAUGAAGUGCCUAAUAUAGAGAAGAAAAGAGGAAGAAAGGAUCCAGAAAAGAAGCCAUCCAUUGUGGUUAUCCAGGGUCCAAAGCCUGGGAAGCCCACUGAUCUUUCCAGGAUGCGGCAGUUACUCCUGAAGCUGAAGCAGACACCUCCAUCUCACAUGAUCCCACCACCCCCUCCACCUGCUAAGGAUGGCAAAGAUGGAAAGGACGCCAAGGAUGGGAAGGGUGCCAAGAAUGGGAACGAUGUCAAGGAUGCUGCACCAGCAUCUGCUGCCAAAGAAGCGGUUGCAAAUGGUGUCCCAGAACCCAAGAAAGAUGCUCCUGCUGCAGUCAAGGGCCAGACAGUUAAAGAGCCUGACUCAUCUACCGCAUGAUGAUGAUGAUGGCACAUGACAAGUUCAUUUCCUUUUUUCCUAUAUCUUCUUUUAUCCCUUCUGUUCCAUGAAUUGGAUCUUAUGUUGCUUACUAUCUGACCAUGCCAUUCGCUACUGAGAAUAAACACAGCUGCGUCUAGGUCACACACUCUGGCUGUGGACUGUAGUGAGCCUUUCUUCUCUUUUUGCUUCAGGGUCGGUGGGCUUGCAAUGUCACUGUUCGUUACAAUUUUUUUUUUUGGAAAUUUAUUUUUGUAGGUAGAAUUCAUUUCUUGAGUAUUAUUACUUCAGUGACUCAAGCUUGUUUCUGGGUGUGGCCUUUCUAUGUUACCAGAGAGAAUACAAGAAUAAGCAAUAUGAGCUCCUCAUUUCUUUAAUUACAAGCUGGUUUAGUUCUGUCA